AUGGUUUACUGCUUGCCCACUGCAUUCUUGAAGUCCUCUUUCGAAAUAACAUCCACUGGGCAAAACCGUCGUACUCUUCUAUCUUCCCGCUCCGGUACGCUUUCCGGUGACCACUUUCGGGUUCCGACAUGGACGGCUCUACUACUUCUACAGACAGCCAGGAGCUUUACAACAGAAUCGCUCGAAUCUAUGACAAAGUUUACCACAUUCCCUACUUCUGCGAUUUAUUUCCCUUCAGUUCUCAUUCCUUCAUUCCAAUUAAACGACUUGUUGAGCUGGCGCCGGCAUCGGGUAUGGAAAAAGGGGGACUGUUUCCAUGUAGCUAAAGAGGGAGAUACCGUGUUGGAUCUGUGCUGUGGAAGUGGAGACUUGACUUUUCUACUGUCGGAGAAAGUUGGAUCCUUAGUUAAAGUGGUUGGCCUUGAUUUAUCAAAGGAACUAUUAACAAUAGCUACAGCACGGCAGAAAUCAAAUUCAAAGGAGUGCAACAAAAAUAUAAAGUGGAUUGAGGGAGAUGCACUGGAUUUACAAUUUCCUGAAUCUUACUUUGAUGCCGUUACUAUUGGCUACGGAAUCGGUAGCAUGAAAGAUCGGCGAAAAGCCUUGAAGGAAAUACAUCGAAUUCUAAAACCAGGUUCCAAAGUAUCCGUUCUUGACUACAAUAAAAGCAAUAAUCGAUUCAAGACAUUCUUCCAGGAUAGGUAUCUUGACAAUGUUGUGGUUCCGAUAGCGAAAAGUUACGGCGUUGGUGAUUCUUUUAGGCAACAUGUAUCAAGAAAGGAGUUAGAGGAUCUUGCUCUCGAAGUAGGCUUCUCAUCAGCAAAACAUUUUGAACUUGUCCUUGGACGCAUGGGGAACUUUGUAGCCACAAAGUAA